AGUAUAAAUUGGGAAUCUAAAAAGAUUGUAGUUGAUUCAAUUAUUCGCCCUUGACGUUUGAAAGUGGACCAUACUUUAUAAUAAUAUCAAUAGAAGUAUUAUUGAGUACGUAGACAGUGGAAUGGAAUCGAGAAAAUUGGUUCAUGUAACCGAAUGCAAAUAUGUUGGGGAAUAGAGCUUAGUUUUGUUGUUUAUAGUGAUGGGAAGAACAAAUGGAGUGGAGAAAAGGGAUUCUUUUGAUCGUAGAUAUAUUAUUAGUUUGGCUUAGUCUGUUAGUUGUAUUAUUGAAUAUGUGUGAUCCUCCAUCAGAAAAAUCAGGGAAUGUGUGGACGGCUUUGGCACAUAUAAUAACAGCAGUAAUAGGUUCUGGAGUACUUUCUUUAGCAUGGAGCAUAUCACAGCUCGGGUGGAUUGCAGCUCCAAUUACCAUGAUUGCAUUUGCAUCCGUCACCCUUACUUCUGCAAUGUUUCUCAAAGAGUGCUACAAAUCACCCAAUCCCGCCUGUGGUUCUGCAAGAAAUGGUUCCUACUUAGACGCUGUUCGGACAAUUCUAGGAAAAAAGAAUGCUUGGGUAUGUGGCAUUAUUGUGCGAAUAAAUUUCAUCAAGCUAGGUAUCGUGUACACGAUUACAUCCUCCAUUAGCAUGAGAGCAAUUCAGAGAUCAAACUGUUACCAUAAUGAAGGGCAUGAAGCUGCUUGUACAUACAGGGUUACUUACUACAUGCUCAUAUUUGGAAUUAUCCAAGCCCUCGUAUCUCAAAUACCUAAUUUUCGAAAUACUGAAUGGCUCUCUGUCAUUGCGGCAAUCAUGUCCUUUACAUACGCUACUAUUGGAUCUGCACUUGGCUUGGCAAAAGUAAUAGAAAAUGGAGAGAUAAAAGGUAGCAUUGGAGGAGUGCCUACUUCGACUCCUGCUAAAAAAGUAUGGGCAGUUUCUCAAGCGCUUGGGGACAUAGCCUUUGCUUUCCCAUUCUCUGUUAUUUUCCUAGAGAUACAGGAUACUCUAAGGUCAAAUCCACCGGAAAAAGUCACCAUGAAGAAGGCAUCUAUUAUGGCAGUCUGCAUUACAACAUUCUUCAACCUCUGUUGUGGAGGUCUUGGGUAUGCAGCUUUUGGGAAUUCAACUCCUGGGAACCUUUUGACAGGAUUUGGUUUUUACGAGCCAUAUUGGCUCGUUGACUUUGCUAAUGCUUGUGUCGUUCUUCAUCUUGUUGGAGGAUAUCAGGUAUUCAGUCAACCACUUUUUGCAAUUACUGAAAGAUGGAUUGUUAAGAAGUUUCCCAACUGUCAAACAUUGCACAAAGAUUACAAUCCAAAAUCAAUACCGGGUUUGAGGCUAAAUCUUCUAAGGUUGUGUUUCCGAACUGCUUAUGUUGCAUUCACCACUGGUUUUGCCAUACUUUUCCCGUACUUCAACCAAGUUGUCGGUGUGGCAGGAGCAAUAAACUUCUGGCCUAUUGUUGUAUAUUUCCCAGUGGAAAUGUACUUGGUGCAGAAAAAUAUUGGGCCUCAGACAAAAAAGUCGAUUAUUCUUCGAAUAUUUUGUUUUGUUACAUUGGUUGUGAUACUAUUUGCCUUUGUUGGUUCAAUCAAAGGUCUAAUAACAGCUAGAUUCAGCUAAAAAGCACUUAAUGGACAUUCUGAUUGUUGGAUCAAUCCUAAUUGCUCAAUGUCAAAAUGAAAGUUUUUGUGGUGAUGACUGAUGAGCAUGCAGCAAAUGAGUUGUUAUGGUAGUCCACCUUAGCAUGUGUUUAUCGAUAAUUUUCUGGUGGAAGAUUGGUGGUGGCAGAAGGGUACUAGGGCAGAGCCACCAGUAAGUUGAAGUGUGGCGAUGUGAAGAUCGAAGGGAGCAUCGAAAUGACUGGCCUAGCUACUUUCAGCAGGACGUGCAUGAUCCAUAGGAGAUCUGCAACAGAGACUAUAACGAUAUCAUUAAUUUAAAUUAGUAAUAAUUGAACAUGCAAUGCACGUUAUUCUGAAAUA